UGACUUGUUUGAAGAACAGUAAGGAGGUGCCAGUGUCCCUGGGCCAGAGGACAUGAUGAGGAGGUUGGGGAUCCAAGGAGGAAGAAGAUAGGAAGCAGUCAGGUUAUGGAGGGCUCUAAAAGCUAGACAGGGUUUUCUAUUUGAUCCUGGAGGUAAUCCUCUGGAAUUGACUGGUUGGAGCAUCACAGGGACUUGAGAGAUGAUCUGAUUUUCUCUUUAGGAGGUCAGCUUGGCAGCUAAGUAUAGAAGGGAGUGGAAACAGAGAGAGGCUUGGGCUAGGGGGGGCUGUUCCCGGUAUGAGGUGAUGAGGGCUGGCACCAGAAGGGUGACAGUGGCAGAGGAGAGAAAGAUGUUACAAAGGUAAAUUGUUCAGGCCUUUUUCACUACUUGGAUAUGAGGGGUGAGAAUGAGGCAGGGGUCAAGGAGGACACAUAGGUUUUGAUCCUGGGUAACCCGGAGGCUGGUGGUGCCCUUGAAAGUCAUAGAAAAGUUAGGAAGAAGGGAGGGUUUGGUUAAGAGAGUAGACUGAGUUCACUUUUGGACAUGUUGAGUUUACGAUGUCCAUGAGAUGUCUAGUUUGACAUGUCCAAUAGGCAACUAGAGAAAUGAGACUGGAGGUCUGGGAAGAGGUAAGGGCUGGACAAAUAAAUCUGCAAUUUUUUUUACAUAAUGAUGAUGGGUGAAACCAUGGAAGCUGAUGAGAUCACCAAAUGAAAUAGUUUAUCAGGAGGAGAGAGAAUGUGUUCCAGGACAGAACUUUGGGAGACACACACAACUGAUGGGCUUGAUCUGGAUGAAGAUCCAGCAGAAGAGACAGAGAAGGAACAGUCUGCCAAGUAGGGGAAGAACCAGGAGAGAACAAUGUCAUAAAAGAAACAAGAGAAUAUCUAGAAGAUGGUGACCCUUGGCAGGAAGAUCAAGAAGGAUGAGAAUUGAAAAAGGGUCAUUAAAUUUAGUUAUAAAGAGAUCACUGCUACAAAAAUGAACAAUCUGGAAAUGUGCUCUGUAUGAUAAUACAUGUGUAACCCAAAUUGAAUUACUUGUCAGCAACCAGAGAUGGGAGGGAGGGGAAGCAGGGAGACAAUGUGAAUCAUACAACUUAUGUGGAAAUUUGUUUCAUGUAGUUGGUAAAAAAAAAAUUAAAAAAAGACAGAUCACUGGUAACCCUGGAGGAAGCAGUUUCAGUUGAAUGAAGAGGUCUAAAGCCAAACAGCUGAGAGUAAGAAGAAAGGGAGUGGAACUUCCCCCGUAGACAGCCUUCUCGUGAUUUAGACACAAGGGAGAAUAGCUAUAGGUCUAUAGUAGGGAUGGAUGGAGCAAAUGAGGGUUUUUUGAGGAUGAAGGAAUUAUGGGCAUUUUUGUCUACUAUUAGACAGGAAGAUUGAAGAGAAGUGAGAGCAGGGAUGAUAGAAAGGGCUAUCUGGAGAAGACAGAUUAGAAUGGGAAUUCUUGUAUAUGGAAAUGAUUUUGCUUUGGCAAGGAGAAAGGCUACUUCUUUCUGGGAGAUAGAUGGAGGAGGGAAUAAUGAUAGAAGGCAUCUGGAAAGGAGAAGGAAACAAGCAUUUAUUAUACACCUACUAGGUGCCCAGGGACACCCAGCUAGUAAGUGUCUGAGGCUGGAUUAGCACUAAAGUCUUCCUGACUCCAGGCUCAGCACUCUGUUGAGCCACCAACCUGCCUCAAUGGUAAUGUGAGAUGAGGAGGAAGCUCUUAUCAAAUGACCUCAUUUUUUUUUUUUCAGCAAAAUAUAAAGCUAGGCUCUGAGCCAGGAGAAUGGGGGAUAGAGGAGCCCUGGGAGGUUUGAAGAGGGAUGAAAAGUUUUGGAAGAGCUUCUGGAGGGUAGGGCAGUGAGUUGAUUAGGAAGCUGGGCAAGGACUUCCUUACCAUAGUGAGGUCCCUGCUGAGAUUAUAUGGUAUAAAUUUGUAAUGGACUUAGGCAGUACAGUCCUGUGAUUUUCUCCAGCUUGAGUAGGGCUGGUAGCAGGAGAUGGUGGGAGUAAUUCAAGGCUGAAGGCUUGGCAGAGCAAGAUGGAUGGUAGGAUAAGAGAACAAGAGGCUCUAGAAAGCAAGAGAGUAUAGGGUUGACCUGGUUCACCAGAGGGUCAGGAUGAGGAAGGGAGGAGAGUGUAGCUCGUAUGGGGGUGAUGGUCUGGAAAAGAACAGGGAUCAUCAGACUGGAGAAACAGUGACAACAGAGCAGGGUUUAGGGUUGCAAGGCAGAAGGAGAGGUGGAAUGACAACCCCUUGUGAUCAGAUGAGGGAACUUCAGAAUUCCAGAAUAUGAGACUGAUGCAUUUGUGAAUAGUGACAAGAUGAUGGAAAUGACUGCUGAGAUGAGGUGGAGGAAAUAAGGAAGCUGAGGAACUUGCAGGAGUAUCAACAGUCAAUCAAAGACACGUAGUAUGAAGGCAGGAGUUAGGAAGAAAAGAAAGAUUGUGAGCUAUGUCCUGAACUCAUUGAGGAAGGAAGGGAAGUGGCAAGCAGCAACCACCCAAAUUUUGAUUGGGUCAUAGACAGGUACAGAUUGAGUAAACCUCAAACCAAGCACCUGAGCAACUACCUGGAAGUGGCAAUAAGGGGCAAGUGGCAUUCUGAUUUUUCUAUCUUCCCUGUGAAUUAGGAAAAUGAAUACAAGCACAACUAGUGCUGGAAAGGGUAUGUUUCCAAGGGCUGUGUUACCAAGAGGGAGCCAAGUCAGCAUGAGAACCAGAAGAAGGAGAUUCUUCAGGCCUGGAGAUUCCGUUUCCUCCCUGAUUCUUGUGGCUCCUUCACUGCUGUGGGUCAAAGGGCUGCCAGAGCCCUGUAGCCUCCUGGGAUCCAAGACUGGUCCCUGAGGUUGGCUGGCAAAGAAGGAAGCAGCUCUGGCCUCAGGAUCAUGACAGAAGCAAACACCACAAGCCCAGAGACCUCAAUGACCUCAGCCAUCCCAGAGGCAGGGGCUGCGGCUGGGACCAGGGCCUGGCCUGCUCUGGUUGGGGUUAUUCUUGCGGCUGUGCUGCUCUCCCUCCUCAUUGCGUUGGCUGCCAAGUGCCAUGUCUGCCACCAGCACCGUGACAGCUACGGACAUCACCCCCUCUCCGAGUCAGGGAAGAUAGAACCUUUUGGGUUGCCACAGGAUGAUGACAAGGAGGAUGAUGGCUUCAUUGAGGACAACUACAUCCAGCCAGAGGCUGAGGAGUCUCAACUAAGAGGCCAUGAGGUCCAGUUCUCCCUCUGAGACUCUCCCUUUCUCACUGCCAGUUCUUCUCUUCCUUCCACUGUUCUCAGGGAUGCCCAAUAAACUCCAACCUGAAGACUGUGUA